AUGAACUUGGGAUAUCCCUUUGUUGCAACGGUGACAGUUUGGCCUGAUUCGGUGGUAGCAUGUGCUUCUGGCAGUGGCUCUUCCAGCAGUGGUGUUUGGAUUUUGACUGGCUCUGUUCUUCUUCCACUCUUCCAGCGGCUCUUUCAGUGGUGCUUGAACUUCUAUGACUGGAAGUAUAGAGAGAGAUUUGUCUAA